AUGUCUCGGGCUCACGCAGAAAACGUGAUAAAGAAUAUAAUCAAUGAGAUAGUGCGGGAGUGUGCGGGGAGAGGACAUGCGGUGACAGACACUUUAGUGGCUUUCAUGGUGAAAGCUGUGGUUCUCGACCCAAGAAAUGGCUUCAAUGUGGACCGAACACUGACCAAACAGGAUGUCCAGAAACUUGAAGAGCUGUGUCUGGAUAAACUGACAGAAAAGUGCAGCCCGUCCCUGGACACCAUCAAGAUGCAAGUGUAUUUUGAUAUCAAUUACACCUCUCGACGUGAGUUCCUGGAGGAAAUCCACCGUGUGCUGGAGUCCAGACUGAGCUCAGUGAGCAGAGAGAUCACUGACAGCAGGGUGACAUCACGGGACCAAUUAGACGCUCUGUACCGUAAAAUCAUCAAUUACAUCCUGCUGCGCUCCGCCAUGGGCUCACCUACUGACUCCAACACUGUGAAAGAGACGACAGCUGGCCUGCAGAGCAUCUUCCCUGCGUCUGAGCUGGGAGCCUUCAUGGUGCUCUUAAAGAGAGACAAGGAGCAGCAGCUCAAUGAGCUCACUAUGAUCGUCACAGGAAUCAGACUGUUCAACAAAGCCAGCGGCAAAGCAGAAGAAGAGAUCCACCUCAAUGAACUAAUGCCUCCGGUUCUUCAUCAAGUUCUUCCAGUCACCAGUAAAAGCAUAGAGAGUGAGCUGAGUGUGUCACAGAGUUUAGUGUGGAAGUACACCGCUCUGCUGGAGAAGCUGACCCAACCUGAGCAUCAGUCUGCACAGUGUGAAGUCCCACUGGUGCUGCUCAAACAGGCUCUGUACAACACCAGGCAGCAUGAAGCUUUCCUCAAAAUAUUACAGGCUGAUGCUCGUUUAUGUGCCAAGCACGUUGACAUCCUGCAGACUGAGCUGUCAUCACACAUGAAGCUGCUGAAAGAAACUGUCAAGUCAAAGUCAGCUGUGCCCACUACUAAAGUUUUUCCGCUCUUCAAGACUCUGUCCCAGCUGUGGUGUGGACUUCAGGAUGAGGCCGAGCUGCUGAAGAUCCUCAGCAAUAUCACGCUCAACCUGCAGCGCUUCCUCUCCUCUCAGGCUACCAUCUUCUCUGAAGCUUAUUUAAACGGCCUGCUGGAGGCGACGGAGGUGAAGACGGACAAACAGAGAAUGAGCGAGUCUCCAGAUGAGCGUAUUGAUCCAGCUGAGAUGGAAUCACAGGAGUGGUUCCUCCCUGAAACAACAGCUAACUUCACUGAGCUGCCGCUGCAGUAUAAUGGAGUCUGUGGAUACACACUUGUUAACACAGAUGGGCUUCUACUUCCAGGUAAUCCACACAUCGGAGUGCUGAAACACAACCAGAAGCUUUAUGUUUUCAGCUCCAAAGAAGCUGCUUUGAAAUUUGCCUCCAGUCCAGAUGACUUCAUAAGAGAUGUGGCAGAGAAAGCCAAACGCUCCCCUGAACUCAUCCAACUCCUCAAACUCCACCAGCAGUUCUCCAGCGUCACUCCGUACUCUGAGAUGCAGUCAGGAGAGAGUUUACUGGUGAAGCCCAUUACAAAGUGUGACAGCGGCACACAGACAGACAUCCACCCACUGGAGACAAACAUGGUCAAAUCAUACGAGUGGAAUGAAUGGGAGCUGCGAAAAAAAGCCAUCAAACUGGCUGAUCUUCGGACCAAAGUGACACACUCGACGCAGACGGGACUGAGUCACAUGAGGCGGGAAAAUGUCACUCAGACGUGGCCCCCCAAGGAUGCAGGUAGCCAGUGUAAGAGAGACGGUGAGAGUAACGUCCCCAAACCUCAGAUCUACCUGGCAGGUCUGAGAGGACAAAGAGACGGAGAUGUGGUGAAGACAAACCUGACCAGAUCUGUGGAUGAAUAA